GCUCUAAGUACUGAGUUUGUCGUAGCCAAACCAGCGGCAAUCCCCUCUGAUGGAGCUGAGCACAAAGUUACUAUCGGAAUAGUUGAUGUUGAACCCAUUUUGGUUCAUGAAUGCGUUCCCUCAAAGAACACCAGCGCAUUCCUUACUGCAUCUGCAGUAAAUAAUUCUGACCUUCCUUUCUUAGCUGGCGAAACUUCCGUUUACUUGAACAAUAGCUUUGUGUCUAAAGUGAGUGGAACUAUAAGUAAUGUUUCCCCAGGUGAAAGAUUCUCUUGCUCGCUUGGAGUUGACACAGCGUUGCGGAUCGAGUACAAGCCAGUCAAAAAAUACCAUGAGCAGACUGGACUAAUAUCAAAAAGCUCUUCAACUGUACAUGAUCAACUGAUUACAAUCAAGAACACGCGCAAUGAUCCUGUUCUGCUAACUUUGAAAGAACCCAUACCUCGAAGCACUGAUGAGAAAAUCAAGGUUUGUCAUUUGCUGACUUUUGCAGAAGACCUCACGGACGCUGCGGAAACUCCGAGACAGGGAGCAAAAAUGAAGGGAAGUAUCUUGGAAUGGACUCUUUCUAUCCGUGCAGGAAUGGCCAGCGAGCUUCAUGUGAAGUGGGCCAUCGAUCAUCCUGCCAACGAGACCGUCCAGUUCAUAGAGCGCCCGUCGAAGAAAAACAGUUCCUAUUAA